AUGUCUGUGAAAUGGACUUCAGUUUUUCUGCUGCUUCAGCUGGCCUUUUACUUUAGCUCUGGGAGUUGUGGCAAGGUGCUGGUGUGGCCCGCGGAAUACAGUCUUUGGAUAACAAUGAAAACAGUCCUGGAUGAACUUAUUGAGAGAGGUCACGAAGUGGUUGUUCUGACAACUCCAGUUUCCAUUCUUGUUGAUCACAGCAAACCAUCUGCCAUUAAAUUUGAGAUUUAUCCUACAUCUUUCUCUAAAACUGAGUUUGAAGGUGUGUUCAAUCAAUUAGUGACUGAUUGGACAUAUGAGUUGCCUAAAAACUCCUUUUGGACAUAUUUUUCAAAAAUGCAAGGUCUCGUUUGGAAUUUUUUUGAUGCUUUUCACCAGCUCUGUAGAGAUGUAGUCAAGAACAAGAAACUUAUAAAAAAACUCCAAGAAUCAAAAUUUGAUAUGGUUUUCUCUGAUGCUGUGGGACCCUGUGGUGAGCUGCUGGCAGAGCUCCUUAAUGUACCAUUUGUGUACAGUAUUCGCUUCACACCUGGAAAUCAAUUUGAAAAGCAUAUUGGAAAACUUCCACUGCCACCAUCAUAUGUACCAGUUGUUUUGUCAGAAUUAAGUGAUAAAAUGACAUUCUUAGAGAGGGUAAAAAAUAUGAUAUAUGUGCUCUACUUUGACUUUUGGUUCCAAACAAUAAAUGAGAAGCCAUGGAAUGAGCUUUAUAGUGAAGUACUCGGAAGACCUACUACAUUAUUUGAGUUGAUGGAGAAAGCUGAUAUAUGGCUUGUUAGAAAUUAUUGGGAUUUUUGGUAUUCUCACCCACUCUUACCAAAUUUUGAGUUUGUUGGAGGAUACCACUGCAAACCUGCCAAACCCCUGCCUAAGGAAAUGGAAGAGUUUGCACAGAGCUCUGGAGAAAAUGGUAUUGUCGUGUUUUCUCUGGGCUCGGUGGUCAGUAACAUGCCAGAAGAGAGAGCCAAUGUGAUUGCAUCGGCCCUGGCCCAGAUUCCUCAAAAGGUUCUAUGGAGAUUUGAUGGCAAGAAGCCAGCUACCUUAGGGGCAAACACUCGGCUGUAUAAAUGGCUCCCCCAAAAUGACCUUCUUGGUCAUCCAAAAACCAAGGCUUUUAUAACCCAUGGUGGAGCCAGCGGCAUCUUUGAAGCGAUCUACCAUGGCAUCCCGAUGGUGGGCAUUCCCUUGUUUGCAGAUCAACCUGAUAACAUUGCUCAUAUGACAUACAAGGGAGCAGCUGUUGCAUUGGAUUUUCAAAAAAUGUCAAGCACAGAUUUGCUCAAUGCACUGAGGACAGUUAUUAAUGACCCCUCGUAUAAGGAAAAUGUUAUCAAAUUAUCAAGGAUACAGCAUGAUCAGCCAAUGAAGUCUCUGGAUAGAGCGGCCUUCUGGAUUGAGUUUGCCAUGCGUAAUAAGGGAGCCAAGCACCUGCUGCCAGCCUCCCAUGACCUCACCUGGGUCCAGUACCACUCGUUGGAUGUGAUCGGGUUCCUGCUGGCCUGUGUGGCAACUGCUAUGUAUGUUAUCACAAAAUGUUGUCUGUUUUGUUACCAGAAGUUUGUCAAAACCAGAAAGGACAAAAGGGAAUAG